AUGUCUUACCCUACUACUAUCAUCAUGGAGUCACGCUCAUCGACUGAUGUACCACACGGCAACAAGCCAUUCAAGUCUUGGUCUUUGUUGACAUGGGAUACUGAACCUGUUCCGUUGAUGGAUCCUGUUCACUGCCCUAAGGAUUUGGAUACUGGGGUAUCCUUCCCAAUCUCGAACUAUCAAAACAAAUCCGCAAAUAAGUACUCUAUCACCCUGCUCUACGCUACUCCCGCAGACCCAAGUGGACUGAAGUCUCCGAUCCCCAGUUUUGGGAACGCAAUCGAGAAAGCGGAAGCUCGUCGCAAGAAGGAAGAAGAGGCGAAGCGACGAGGACCCGUCUACGAACCUGACGACCAACAUCCACCUCCGAGUGAUCCAACUGAAGUUUACUCCAAGAUCGUACCCGUCGAGAAACUUAGUCCAGAGAAGUGGCGUCAAUCACUCAAACGUAGGAAAUUGGAUCAUCCAUCCGGUUCGAACUCGCAGACCAACGAUCCAUGUUUGAGAGAGUACCAGAGUGAGCCGGCGAUGCCUGUGGCAGAUAUGGAGCCUUGGAUGUGGCGGCCUGCGGGGUUGUCCAGGUGGCCGAAGUGGGCAUUGAAGAGGCGGGCGGAAGCUGUCGCGAAGCUUUCGAGUGAGCGAGAGAAGUCGCCGUUUUGGACGAGGAAGCGAAAGUGGGUCGAUGAGGACGACGGUUGA